UGCUCCGAGCCCGGAAGAGCAGGCGGCUAGGCGGAGCUGGGCGGCUGCGGGGGUUCUUGUUCUCGGCAGGCGCCGCAGUAACUAUGAACGGCGUGGCGAACCCGCUGCUGGACAAGGAGGAGCAUCCUCUGCAGCUGGGCGAAAGCUUCGAACGGCACCCUAAAGCCUCAUUUCACACCAUUCGCUAUGAUUUUAAACCAGCAUCUAUAGAUACAUCUUGUGAAGGGGAACUUCAAGUUGGUAAAGGAGAUGAAGUCACAAUUACAUUACCACAUAUUCCUGGUUCUACACCUCCAAUGACUGUAUUCAAAGGAAACAAAAGACCUUACCAAAAAGACUGUGUACUUAUUAUUAACCAUGAUACUGGAGAAUAUGUGCUUGAAAAGCUAAGCACCAGCAUUCAAGUCAAAAAGACAAGAGCUGAAGGCAGCAGUAAAAUCCAAGCACGAAUAGAACAGCAAUCUACUCGAGCUGCACAAUCUUCCAUCCAGUUCAGAGCUCCUACAAAGCCUGCAGCUGGACCUAAAACUUCACCAAUGAAAGACAAUCCUUCACCAGAGCCUCAAUUGGAUGAUAUUAAAAGAGAACUAAGAGCUGAGGUUGAAAUUAUUGAGCAGAUGAGUAGCAGUAGUAGCAGCAGUUCAUCUGAAUCUGAGAGUUCCUCUGGGAGCUGUGAUGAAACUUCCAGCACUGAUGGGGGUGAAACUGCACAUCCUUCUCCUUCUCAGCAGUGUAAUAAUAAAAAUGUGAUUGCCAAUGGUACUGGCAGGGCACAAGGCAACAAUCAACUCAUGAAUACUCUCAGAAAUGACUUGCAGUUGAGUGAAUCUGGGAGUGACAGCGACGAUUAAAUUACAUUUACAGCUUUGGUUUCCUGUCAAAUAAAAAUGCAGAUUUAAUGAAGAGUAA